CAUACCGGAAAUAUAGUCAUUAAAAGUGAUGAAAGCUUCGAAGAUGGCAUUAGAGUAAUUAUCAUUGAUUUUGGAUUCUCUAAGGUUGUUUCUCGCAAUAGCAUAUCGCAUCAGGGAAUACAAUGUCAAAUAAACUUUAUGGAUCCUUAUAUUUUAAAUCUAUUAAACAAACAAUUUGGACAGAUAUAUAAUUAUCCAUCCGACAUAUAUAGCCUUGGUAUAAUAUUUUGGGAAAUUUCGAGCAAUGGCCAAAAAACACAAAUAGAGUGUAAUCAUAUUGCGACAAUGAUGAAGAGAAUAGACGGAGAACGGGAAAAACCAGUUGCUGGAUCUACUCGCUCUUUCGUUGAACUUUAUAAGAAAUGCUGGGAUCACGAUCCAAAUAAUCGACCUGAUAUUUAUCAAGUUUAUGAUUCAAUUCAUAGAGAUGAAAUUAUAUCGGGCGAAAUUUGGGAAUCUUAA